AUGGUGGGGGCCACCCCCCAGUCCCUGGGCUGGGUCUCUGACUGUGUCAUUCAGCCCCCACUCCCAUCCUCGGCCUCAGGGUGCUGGGCCUUCUCCACCACCAUUCCCCCGUCCCCAGAGCAGAUGGGGGAACAGAUGUCGAAAGAAAUGGAGAAGCGGCCUGCCAGUCUUGCAGUCCUUCUGGGACCCACCGAGGAGCCGGGGUGUUCAUCUGCAGCCCCCGCCUCCUUCCCCCUCCUGCUGGCCCCUCAUUCAGGUCCCGGGACGUGGGUCUUGUUGGAUCCACCUGGGCCCCAGGCUGCCUUUCCCUGGCUCUUUGCCUCCUUCUCCAUUCUUGGGGACUCUAGGCCCCUGACUGGCCAAACCUGUGCCCCGGAAGAGUCUCCUGGGUCCUCCGAUCGCGGCCUCAGCUCCCUCCGGGCGGGCUGGGGAUCCCGGCCACCCCCAGCUCUGUGCCAUCACAACCAUAUGGAGGCCCCAGCUGGACAGCCCCCAGCAGGAUGGUCCCGGAGGUUCACCGCAGGCAUCACGGGACUCAGGGCCGUGUGCCCUGACCUCUCCAAGGUCUACGUGCUCCUGGUCAUCUUCACGAUGGCCACCAUCUUCCACUGCUACCAGCGCAUGGCCCCGGUGUCCGGUCCCUGGGCCUACCCGAUGCACGUGGUCCUGCUCCCGGAGCACCUGCCCCAAGAGGGCGCGUGGACCAUCAACUCCAUCGGCCGCCUGGGCAACCAGAUGGGUCAGUACGCCACCCUGUACGCCCUGGCCAAGAUGAACGGGCGUCCAGCCUUCAUCCCCGCACAGAUGCACCGGACGCUGGCCCCGGUCUUCAGGAUCACGCUGCCCGUCCUGCCCAGCGCCGUGGCCAGCAGGAUCCCCUGGGUGGAUUACCGGCUGAAGGACUGGAUGGAGGACAAGUACCGCAACAUCCCGGGGAGGUACGUGCACCUCACGGGCUACCCCUGCUCCUGGACCUUCUACCACCACCUGCGCGCCGAGAUCCUCAGCGAGUUCACCCUGCAUGGCCACCUGCGCCAGGGCGCGCAGCGCCUGCUCGGGGAGCUGCAGGCCCAGCGCGCGCGCACGGUGACCUUCGUGGGGGUGCACGUGCGCAGGGGUGACUACCUGCGCGUCAUGCCGCAGGUGUGGAGGGGCGUGCUGGCCGACCCCGGCUACCUGCAGCGAGCCCUCGACUGGUUCCGGGCGCGCCACCGCGACUGCGUCUUCGUGGUCACCAGCGACGACAUGGCCUGGUGUCGGCGGCACAUCAACGCCUCGCUCGGGGACGUCGUGUUUGCCGGCAAAGGCCUGCAAGGCUCGCCCGCCAGGGACUUCGCGCUGCUGACCCAGUGCAACCACACCAUCAUGACCAUCGGCACCUUCGGCUUCUGGGCCGCCUACCUGGCCGGCGGGGACACCGUCUACCUGGACAACUUCACGCUGCCGGACUCCCCCUUCCGCCUGGUCUUCAGGCCCAAAGCCAGCUUCCUCCCGGAGUGGGUGGGCAUGGCCGCGAACCUGGGGCCAUGA